AUGUUUUAACAGCAUAAUUUAAAUAUGAAGAAUAAUUAUGCCAAAGAAAAUUACUAAAAACCUUAAGAUUAUUUGGAUGGAACACAGGAAGAAUUAAGAGGAAAAAUAAAACUUUUAAUGAAUAAGUUGCAAUUGACGAAAAAAGAAAAAGAGAAUCUCACUAAAGAAAAUUAAAAUCUAUAACAUGAAAUACUGUAGAUGCAAUCUCAUCUCAGAUGCAUGGUCUCUGGCUUUUCCAACACUAGUAUACAAUUUCCCAUGGCUAAUGAAUUAAGUAAUUCUAUUGCGGAAUUUUAUAAAUGUGAAUGUUUUGAUAUAUUUUUCGAUGUGUUGACUUAAGAAUUAAAUCUCAAAGGUAUUAUUUAUUUCUUUUCCACCUCAAUGAUCCGAAUUGACAAAAUCAUUCAAGAAUACUUCCAACCACUAUUCAAACAAAUUAUGGAGGUGGGGUGUUUCACCAACAUAGACGGACCCAUACUAAACGUUAUGCGAAAAUCAUUCUAAGGAAAUUAUAAAUCAAUCUAUGAAAAAUGCAUGCGAAAUCAAACAUCCACAAGAAUAGAAUUAUAAAAAUACUUAAAACUAAACAACAACGACUUGAUCGAAGCCUUCUUCAACAAGUUGGCAGAAAUCAUGUUCAACUGCUACAUCAGUGAUCCUACCUUGACUUUUGACAUCCCAUCAAUCGGGCAGAAGAUUUAGUUUAAUCAACAGAAACACGACCCCAUUGAUGGAUUCAUCAAGAACAAAGAAGAGUGCAUAAUAUUGAUGCCAGCAGUGUUUAAAAACCAAGAAUUAAUGACCAAAUCAUUAGUGCUGUCCUAUUCGUAUUAAUUAGAAAACAACUGA